UCACCAUCUUCACUCUAAUUUAGGAUUUUUGGUUAUAGUUGCCAUUAGAUGUCCUAAAGUGGGUGAAAUUUCUUUCCUUUGGUUGCCUCUUUGCCUUUCUGUUGGUGGAACCUAAUUUCAAUAUGUUGUGGUUGUGUAUAUUUUUUGCUUGGGUGGGUUUUAGGUGUAUGUGUCUAGGUGUUUUUGGUUACUACUUAAUUUACGCAUUUAGAUUUGUUUGUAUGAUGUAUUUUUAGUUUUCUUUAUUGUUUGUUACGAUUCUCCUUGCCUAAGAAAUCAGUCAUAAACCUUUUCAAUUACGUGAUUUGAUAUAGCUACCCACCUUUAGUAGCUAGAUGGGUUUGACUCUCCUUACCAUAGGAGUAUGUAACUAAUUAAUUAUGUAAGAAAAGGAACGAACUACUCUUUUCAUGAGAUUAUUUAGAUAAUAAGAUGAGGGAUAGUUUCAACUCUUAUUAAAUUAAUAAUUGAGGCCAUAAAAGGAUGACAAUUACUUAUCAAAAUUCUAUUGUUUAUUACAUGAUAGACACAUAUAUGAGUAAUAUGACAUAAUAGAGUUAUAUGGCCAUCUAUGUUACUCGGACUCUUUAUUUCACCUCACGUACCCGUGUCAGGCCCUCGACACUCUCGGACAUACCUUCACUUCUAAUUCAAAAUCAUGGAAUUUUUUCACAAAAUAGCUGUGUCGGAUAUGGGUAUCCGAGUCUAAGUAACAUAGAUGGCCAUUGACAAUGCAUUUUUUGUUUAUUUAUGAGCAUUAUGAUUUUUUUUUUCACUUGAAAGUCUUGAACUAUCAAAAACAAAAAUAUUGGUGUUACUUGAAAAAAGUCAAGACUUAACAUAUUGUAUUUUCAUAGACCAGUUAAUACAUUGACGUGUAUCAUGCUCAAAGUUUUGAUUUUCUUACCUAAAAUAUUUUCCAAUAGCUGCUCAAGUACUCCCUGUGUACUCCAAACAAGUUCCUAACUAUAUCUAUUAAGCAUAACGAUUUGGGAAAGAAUUGGUGGGAUCUAUGUAACUAUGUUGGGUAAAUGCAUGUGAAAAUGUAAAAUACAAUUCGUAUUUUUAUAUCGUUCUUCGUUGAGAUGAGAAAAAAUGGUGGGUUUUGUUGAGUAAACGUGAACGGAAAAUGCAUAAUAAGGGAAAGAAAGUAUAUACGUAUGAUAUUAUCAGAUAGGCCCAAUUAACCUUAAAUUUUAAAUAAAAAGUUUAUUUAGGACAAUUUAACAUUGAGGUUACAUACUCAAGUGAUACACUUGUCUAAGCCCUGGUAUGUAAUCUAACAUUUCUAACCAGAACCAACUUUGUCUAAUUACCCUAUUUGAAAUUUAAUCCUGAUCCGAAAAUAAUAAUCUAAAGUACGAUAAACAAAUGAAUAUACUCCAAAUUGAUUACAUCGCACACUAUUAAACAAUUGUAUCAAAAUGCUUGUCAACAGAGAAAAAAUAAAAAGCAAUUGUAUCAAAAUAAAAAAUUACUCUAGUCUCUUUCUAAAACUUGGUCCACGUCCAACUCACCCGGUCAGCCUAACCACACUAUGUGUAAUCAACUUCUCUUCAUUACUCUAUUAAUCUAAUCUACAACCUUUCUUCUUUUGCCUUUUAUCUUGUAAUAGUCAACUAACUUAACUAAUUUUCGACCUCCUUUCAUAUUUUCCGUUUACAACUGAUAUUAUGGGGGACAAGAGGGCAACUCCGACGCCGGUGAAGCGGCUAGGGAGAUGGAUUCGGAGUCUAUCCGUGAGAGAGAAAGUAACCAUGGGCGUGGUUGCAGCAAUUAUGUUGUUAAUUUUGUUGAAAGUUUUUGUCAAAAAACGCACUCAUUUCUAUGUUGCUACACAACUUGCUCAUUCUGCUGGGAUCUUAGUCUUAAUUUAUAAGCUCACAAUCAACAAAACUUGUUCCGGUCUAUCAUUGAAGACUCAAGAGCUUACAGUGAUAUUCUUAAUCAUAAGAAUUAUAAGCCAUUUUACACUAGUACGCAAUAUAAAUAUUGUACUUGAUACUUUAACUCUUGGAUCUACUAUGUGGGUGAUCUAUAUGAUGCGUAAUAAAUUAAAGUACACCUACAUGCAAGGCCUUGACAACUUGAGUUUGUAUUAUGUGUUGGUGCCUUGUGCUGUUGUUGCGGUGAUAGGCCAUCCUGGAUGGCAAAUCAACUUUUUCAGGGAGCAAUUUCAAUUUGUGAGGAGACUCUUCUAUGUUUAUGGCUUGACAGUUGAAGCCGUUUCUGUGCUCCCUCAGCUUCAUUUGAUACAAAAUGCCAAGAUGGUUGAACCAUUUACUGGCCAUUAUGUCUUUGCUUUGGGUGUGGCAAGAUUCUUCUCUUUCGCUAAUUGGAUGAUUAUGCUUAUUGACACCAAGGGAUCGCUCCUAACACAAAUAGGGGGGGGGGGGGGGGGACGUCUUUAUUUACUAGUGGCUCCUCUUGCUGAGCUAGUUCAAACUUUCAUCUUGGCAGACUUUUGUUAUUACUACGUCAAGAGUGUGAUGGAGGGACGACGCUUGAUGAGGCUACCUUCACUUGUAUCAGUUGUGUGAUAUUUGGAUAUGAUGAUUGAUGAGAGAUGUAUAAAUCAUCAAUAUCAUCCUUUUAUGUAAAGUACACCUUACAUAAGCUACAUAAAUUGUGCUUUCCUACUCUGAAUUGGACACCGUGCUAGAAUUUAUUAUAUACACCUGAGUGUACCGUAUACUCAAGGUUAGUGUUUGCUCUUUAUUUGAUGAUUAAAUAAAAAACAAUCAUCAAAAUGAGAAUAAAAUACUCAUGAGUGUACGGUACAUCCGGAUAUAUAUAACAAGCUCUCACACCGUGCUAAGGUUGUUCGCCGCAUGCACGCCUGCA